AUGGAUGGCACGAAUGGUGCGGAUGAAUCGAUUCGCGCAUGGAAUUUUGUUCCGAUCUCGCUGUUUGUGUCGUCUGGCGCGUGGCGUGUUCCUGAGCUCGCGUCUCCGGAUAAAUGGCCAUCUUAUCCUGGCCUGAAGCCUUUACGCGAGGCAUCGCAUGCUAAUGCACUGGACACAAUCGUUGGACCAACGCCAGCGUCCAUCGGUGUGCACGACAAAACCACGACAAGCGCAGCUGAACUUAAACAAAUGACCGACGUCGAAAAGUGUCGGCACUGGGCUUGUGCUGACGGCUACGACGGAAUUGCUGUUGAGCUUACAAAUGCGCGCUGGCGGGAGCGCUGGGAGCACUUAUGUUUACGAGUCGAUAGCGACACUCUUCCUCGCAGCUCCAGUCGAGCUAAUCUUUCAGCCGCAGAUGCAAUGGACAGCCGAGUACAAUUCGAAGCGGAGGGAUGGCGUGCUCAUCCACACUUUACGCGGUCCGAACUCAACAUUCUCAAGCCUAGUGAGGCUCCAUUAGUGAUGGCAAUUUUAAGCCAAUGGCUCGAGCUGGACUCGCCCGAUGAGGGUGUUCGCUUUGACUCGGAAAUUGCACUGCGUCAAGAACUUGCGCACGCAGCCUACGUCGGUAUUGAAGAAGUUAUUCUCCCUCCUCCUAGCAGUGAUCCUGAGCGUCAGUCUUAUUUAGCAGACUAUGCGCGAGCUGUUCGCUCGUGCCUCACAAGCAUGGCAGGGCAGGCUCCAGUCACAAAUGCAUCCAUGAAAGUCGCGAUCCGCCUUCCUGUCAGUUCUCCUCAUAUUCUUGCAUCUAUGCUUGUGCACCAAGCUACGAAAGGACCCCAUGGCUCAGCGGCGAUGCCUGCCGCUGCUUACCUGCGUACCAAAGAUAAUUGGGCUUGGGAAACUUGGGAGAAACUGCAGGAACUCUGCGGCUACCAUCCCCAACUAUAUGUGGCACUGGAUCUGUCCAUGCCCUUACCACCGACAUCAUCCAUGAUGCGAUGGAUCAAUGAACCGGUCUCGCACUUGUGGCUUCCGUCGUCUUCAUUUCUCGCUAAUGCAAAGGGGUAUCCAGUGUUGUCAAAAUCGGCACAAACACUCGUCCAGUAUCUGGUUCCCCAUGGUCCACAUAUCGUGCUGAGCGACAUCACGUCUCCGCCUCCACAGCAUACGCGGGGUGGGCCCAUGGCCUAUGUCCAAUAUGUGCGGCACUUGAUGAAGGUCAUGAAAGCACCAACAAAGCUCGAAAAACUUGCGUUGAAAGUUGGCGACUGUCUUCAGGCGCCCCUUGAACCCAUGUCCGACAACCUCGCUGGUGUUACGUACGGUGUGUUUGAAGCAGAUUCUGUCAAGUACCGCUUGUAUGAAGAAGCAAUGUUCCAAGCAUUCUCUCAACUUGGCACUCCAACCACACGUCUCCGAGUAUGGAUUGUGGGGGCUGGCCACGGGGCUCUAGUAAGUCGAUGCCUUGCAGCUGCGGAGCGUGCGUCACGUUGGGUGCAUAUUACUGCUUUAGAAAAGAAUCCAGGUGCCUUCAUUAACUUACAGGACAGACAGCUCUCUGAAUGGGGUGCUGAACAUGUUCAUGUUCUCCUUGGAGAUAUGCGCAAUAUUUCUGUGCCAACCAACGUGUCAGAACGGGCAGAUGUCGUGGUAAGUGAGCUGCUGGGGAGCUUCGGCGACAACGAACUAGCGCCUGAGUGCUUAGACGGUGCGAUGCGAUUGCUUAAGCCAGGUGGCAUCUCAAUUCCAGGGUCCUAUAUGCCGUACAUCGUGCCCAUCACCGCACCUAAACUGCACACAACUAUCAAAUCAGGCACUAUGAACCGGGCUGACGCUGCCUCACUAGCAGGUGAAGGCAUGGGCACUGCCAUGAAUACGGCUGCUAAGUUCGACGCUCCUUCUGUUGUUCUGUUUAAAUCCAUGAGUUUUCUCUCCGGUCUCGACAGUGCAUGUCAGUAUCCCCGAGUUCAACCGUGUUGGCGCUUUGAGCAUACGUCCAUGGAUGAAAGUGGCCUUGCUUGCGGUCGCACAGGUCUUCCCCUCACAAACAGCCACAACGCGCGAUCGUCCAUGAACACGUUCUACAUACCACAUGCCGGCGUGUGUCACGGAUUGGCAGGCUACUUCGAGGCCCAUCUGUUUGGCAGUGUCGUACUAAGUAUUUUCCCGGAUCCAGCACGUGCAAGUCCCGAUAUGCUAAGUUGGUUCCCCAUGUUCUUCCCAUUCCGCACGCCACUUUAUGUGCCGGCUCACAGCCAGCUCGACGUGCACAUGUGGCGCCUUACAGACAACCACCAUGUGUGGUACGAAUGGAGUGCUGAGUCUUAUUUGUGUGUCGAUUCGCCAUCUUUGCAUGCAUCUAGCGCAUCUGCCUCACCUAAACCUGUGUCGACCCCGAUGGUGCAGCAAGAUGAGUCGCGUCAGUCAGAGAGUUUGCCACCAUUCUCCAACGCUCCUCAUACACCCAUGGUGCCACCCAGUGCACUCAUGGGCACCGGAGUGUCGCAGGCCGAUACUUUGGAAUCUGCAGCGAAUCCUGGAGUUGACGCAAACUCUCUCGUGUAUUCACCCCUAAAACGGCGCAUUAAAACUGGUCAGACGGACUUGAUGAAUGCAGGCGCGUGCGGCUUUAAGCUGACUAUUUCAACAUCUUAA